AUGCCUAGAUACUACCCUACUGAAGAUGUGCUCCAAAAGCUCUUGAGCCACGGCAAGAAACCCUUCAGUCAGCAUGUGAGGAAACUUAGAGCUAGCAUCACUCCUGGCAUCAUCUUGAUCAUUCUCACUGGGCGUCACAGAGGCAAGAGAGUGGUCUUCCUGAAGCAGUUGGCCAGUGGCUUGCUACUUGUGACUGGGCUUCUUAGCCUGAAUCGUGUUCCUCUACAAAGAACACAUCAGAAAUUUGUCAUUGCUGCCUCUACAAAAAUUGAUGUCAGCAAAGUGAAAAUCCCCAAACAGCUCACUGACGCUUACUUCAAGAAGCAGCUGUGGAACCCCAGACACCAGGAGGGUGAGAUCUUCAACACUGAAAAACAGAGACACCAGAUUUCAGAACAGGACAAGGUGGAGCAGAAAGCAGUGCAUUCACUGAUUUUAGCAAAAAUUAAAACUGUUCCUCAGCUCCAGAGCUAA